AUGUCAGUUUCACUUGAAGCUCUGGCAAUGGCAGGUGCUAACUAUGUCGAAUGGGGUAUGGACAUUGAAGAAUGGGAGCGUCGAGAGACGCCACCCCAUUUAUUAGCUGAAGAAGAAGAAGAAGUCCAUUUGGAGAGAGUCAACAACAAUGCGUUUCUGAACACUCCUUUCGUUCCGGAUUUCACAAACCAGUUGAGAAAUGAUGAUGAUGAUGAAUAUAUUGGUGAAGAAAGUGUAGGAUGGUAUAUAAAAAUGGGUUGGUUGGGGUCAAAAGGGAUGAUUUUGGAAUCAGAAGCAGCACUUCUGCUUUCUUUUUUGUUCUAG